AGCUGGUUUUGCUGUCUACACAUGCCUAUUACUUAAAAGGGAUGAAACCAGAAUGGCCAAUCUCUGCCCCCAUGAGGGCUCAAGGCAGCUUACAUCUCCUCCUCCAUCUUAUCCCCACAACAACAACCCUGUGAGGUGCACACUGGCAGUAAAGAAUGAGCCCAUCUCCCACCAGGACCAGCUGCUGAACCCAUGCGGAGCAUGUUUAUAUGUCCAGCUUUUUUGCACUUAUUAGUUGUAGAAAAACAUCACAGCAAAAAGCAUUCUGUUACUUUUGUACAAGUCUGGGCGAAGAUGUGGAUCCUGCCGAAGGUGCUCUGUGGUGUUGCUAUUGUGGUGGGCUAUGUGGCUUUCUUGGGAAAGACACCUUUGACCCAGGUGAUGGAGAAAUUCCUGAAGCUUGGAGCCAAGAAAGUCUUCUGCUUCCCCGCUGACAUGGCUUCUCCAGAAGAACCCAAAAAGCUAGUUCAGUUCACAUUGGAACACCUGGGGGGCUUGGAUUAUGUGGUUCUCAACCACAUUGGCUGGAUUCCUUUUGCAGUGUGGGAUGGAGAUGUGGACCACAUACGUGGGCUAAUGCAGGUAAACUUCCUUAGCUACGUGACUUCAGCUGCUGCUGCUCUGCCUGCCUUGACAGAGAGCAAAGGAUCACUCCUCGUUGUCUCCUCCCUUUUAGAAAGAAUUGCAACCCCUUUCAUGACCACCUACUCUGCCACCAAGUUUGCCCUGGAAGGCUUCUUCGGGUCCUUUUGCCAUGAGCUGGCCAUGAAGAAGAAGGAUGUGAGCAUGACCCUCUACAUCCUUGGAUUAACUGACAUGGAGUUAUCCUUGAAUAAGACGAGGGAUGUGACUCUGACAGCUGCCCCUGCUUCCAAGGCAGCCUUGGCCAUUGUGAAGGGAGGGUCCACCAGGGCCAGAGAGGUCUUCUACCCUUGGACAAUCCAGAUGUUGUGUUGGAUUUGAGAUUGGUUCCCAGCACAACGGGACAUGAUUCUACACAGCAUGUAUAACUACGAACCAUCUAGUAUCUAGACCAACUUUUGCAGCCUGGGGUUUCAACUUCAUGGAUGGAGACAAUGGGAGCUGGAAGUUUCAGGGUGGGGAAGCCUGGUCUAAAUGGGGGUUGCCCAGAAAUACAGAGGAUCUCCAGAUGUUUUAGAACAGCUCCCAGUAUCCCUGACCUUAUUGACAGGGGCUUCUGGGAGUGGAAGCCCAAAGUACCUGGAGAUCUACCUGCUGCCCAUGUGUGGCCUAAAUUAUAUAUUCCUUCCAAGGUAUUGAGUUUCAUUCCUGUUGACAAAACUUGUGCACAAGUGCUGUUUGCAGUCCUAAAUGGACAGAAAGCCUUGGCUAUUGGGUGGUAUAAGAAUGAAAAACAAAAGUGGAAAUGCAAUUCUCAGGAAAUUUCCAGUGUGUCAAACCUGUGGUCACUUUCAGAAAUGUGCAGAUGUGCUAAGGGCACAGUUCUGAAAUGCUGCAGAGGUGCAUUUCCCAUGUGUGUCUUCAUGUUCUAACCUAUGUGGGAAAACAGGUGUUUUCCCUUGGCAAAACUGCACAUUAGAAAUAAAUAAAAUUUAAAUACAAA